CAUUCCGCAGCCAACUUACUCUGGCAUGUCGACAGCAAGCUCGUCAACGACGCGCUCAAGGACCCUGCUUUUUAUUUCAUUUCGCGAUUCAAGAGCACCCUCGACACGUUUCUCUCGUUUACAGUCAUCCUAUUCAGAUGAACCAUACCGUGCUGAAGAUGAAAAUGAAACACUCAUACAUCCAACUUCCGCACCCGACUCUGAGUUGCCUCCCAAAUGGGUCGAUCUUUCUGAACAAGUAGAAGAGAUAUUGGGCGGCACACAGGCUAAAAGUGUGCAUGUCCUUCCCGGAUUUGCGGACCGGACGGCAGAAGAGCGAGAGAUCGAAGCAGCGACCACCGAAAUAACCAAAGAUUUUCGACGGUGCCAUACUUUAAUUCAACGUAUCGCUACUGAACAAGGUCACUCAUUCCCCCCUUCCACUCAGAGAACUCAGUUUCAAGUCCUCGCGGCCAAAAAUGUGCAACGAGGCCUAGGCCGCGAGGGUCUACAAGGGCACGCAAUUAAGAAUCAAGAUCUCCUGAUUGCGUCUGGGACUAUUUCUUCAAGAGGAUCCGAGGGGUUGACUGCUGUUGAUGAAGACGUAGAAGCUGCGCAAGCUCAGAUUCUAGAUAACAUACAAGAUCACGAUCUCCGUGUCCGCGACCGGGAGUUGACGGAAAUUGCAAACUCGAUAGCUUCUCUAGCGGAAUUAUUCAAGGAUUUGUCUGUCCUUGUGAUAGAUCAAGGCACCCUUCUUGACAGUAUUGAGUAUAACAUUGAACAAACUUCGGUAGAAAUGGCCGAAGCUGUGAAAGAGUUAAACCAUGCAACGCGAUACCAGAAGAACACGGGCCGUCGGAAACUUAUUUUCCUUCUCCUAUUGAUAAUUUUUGGGUUAAUCGUUGUCCUAAUUUUCAAACCUCGUCGGUCAUCCUCUUUAGGUUCUCCACCUACUCAAGAUUCAAUGACCUCCACGGAUACUUUGGUCUCACGUUACUUUCAUGCACGGACACCCCCUAGCCUUUACGUACCAAAUAAUACUUGAUUGAGGGUUUGGUUACCCUGAACGGCAUGAUUUGUGUGGACAAUCUGUAUCAGCCAUUCAAUAAAGCAUCAAAAGGUUGCGGACUACUUCAGUACUGAGCGUCAAAGGU